AUGGACAUGGCAGUCCACAAGAAGCGGUUACGAAAAAAACUCGUGGCAUUGAAAGUUGACUCUUCAGGCGACAUUUUCAUUCAGUUGGAAUGGUCUCGGAGUCAAGUCAGCCUGAUCAAAGUGAGCUCUGCGGGAGGUCGCUACUGGACGUAUGACACCGCAAGUUCGGGACAGGUUCAUGUUUUGGGGGGGGGUAAUCUUCAACUGGAUCCGUCCGGAGAUGCUAUUUUUACAGGCUAUACAGGGGGAAGCCUGAAUGGAACAAACAACCUCGGUGACAUAGUUGUGUGCAAAAUCACGAGUCAGGGGGCCGAAAGCUACAUCCUCCAGACAGGAACUGAUGCAUCUGACACUUCAACUGCUUUGGCGGUGGACUCCUCAGGAAAUGCUUACGUGGCAGGCACAACCACCGGGUCGCUGCCAGGCUUCAGCGCCAGCGGCGGAGAAGAUGCGAUCAUCAUCAAAGUCAGUGCCUCCGGGUCGGUCCUUUGGAACCUGCAGGUCGGUGGCUCUGACCAUGACCGGUUCAACGCCAUGCAGCUCCACGCGUCGGGAUACCUCUUUGCUGCCGGGUCUGGAGCUUUGGACGGCCUUCCCAGUGCAGGCGGCACGGAUUUCUUGCUGUGCGCAGUCGACGCGGUUGCUGGUACGCUGGUCUGGGCGCACCAAGCCGGUUCCAGUGGAUUGGACCAGGGGGCGCACUAUUUACGGCUAGAUGACGCUGGUGACGCUUACGUUGCUGGAACGAGUGGAUCACACAAAUGCCGUACCAAGCGUGCUUCAAAGCCGAAAAACCAAGAAAGCGAAUCACAAAAGAAAGCAUUAACAAGAAAUCUUACGAAAAAGUAG